UUUUGUAUGUUUUGCUGUUGAUUUUGUUCGCGAUGGAUUGGAAUGUCAACACUGGUUAUAAGACCUUAAAAGAAAUGGAAUCCAAAUCCCUUGCCGUUGUGGAAGCUCCAAGUACAAUCCUUAACGUAGAACCUAUAGAUAUCGGGCCGGGAUCUUCAGAGAAAGAUCCUACAACAAAACUAAGGAAAAAGGCCCUCACAUCAGUGUAUCUCAAGUAUUUUGAAACAGCACCGGAUGGGAAAACUAGAAAAUGUAAAUUUUGUGGACAGAGUUAUUCAAUUGCAACAGCCACCGGCAAUUUGGGAAAACAUCUUAGCAAUCGUCAUCCAGGAUAUGAUAUAACAGUAAAUGUUGCAAGUCCUGCACCACAAUCUGUUACUGUUGUCAAGAAGCUUCAACCUAAACCUCAUGUCAAAGGUCCUCAGUUGGAGCUCGAUCAUUUGAACUGGUUGCUUGUCAAGUGGUUUAUUCUCGCGUCUCUUCCUCCUUCGACUUUGGAUGAGCCUUGGCUUUUGAAUUCAUUUAAAUUUCUUAAUCCAACAGUAAAACUUUGGCCUGAAGACAAGUUCCAAUCAGUGCUUUGCGAAGUUUUUAGAAGUAUGCAAGAAGAUGUAAGGGUGAUAGUAGACCAAAUUUCUUGCAAAGUCUCUAUAACUCUUGAUUUCUGGACAUCUUACGAGCAACUACUUUAUAUGAGUGUGACAUGCCAGUGGAUUGAUGAAAAUUGGUCCUUCCAAAAGUUGCUCCUUGAUAUUUGUCACAUAUCCUCUCCUUGUGGGGCUGCUGAAGUUUCUCAUGCUUUGUUGAAGGUUCUUAAGAUUUAUAAUAUUGAGAAUAGAGUCCUCUGUUGCACACAUGAUAAUACUCCGAUUGCACUGCACGCGUGCCAUACUCUCAAAGAAGAUAUGGAUAGCCAGAAAAUGAGUCAUUUCUACUAUCUCCCAUGUGCUGCUCAUACUUUGAAUUCAGUCAUAAAUGAUGGACUGAGUUCAACAAAGUCGAUAAUUUCUAAAAUAAGAGAAUUUGUUCUAAAGAUGAACACAUCCUUUGAGAUCUCUCAGGAUUUUCUCCAAUGCUGCAAUGCUUAUCAAGAAGGAACUUGGAAAUUCCCUCUUGAUGCCUCACCUCGUUGGAGUGGCAAUUACCAGAUGCUUGACAUUGCACGAAAGGCAGGUAAAUCAUUGGAAACUAUCAUCCGGAAGUAUGAUGAACUACUAGGCAGUAGGGUGCUCCUCAACAACGCGGAGAAGAAUGCUGUGAAUAGCAUGCAUGCAUUUUUAGAACCUUUCUAUAAAACCAUCAAUGACAUAUGUACAAACAAAGUACUAACAAUUGGUUUGGUUCUUUUUUUCAUGGAUCAUAUUUCUGAAACAAUUGCAGCCUGUAGAGACUCUCGACACAGCCCUGACUGGCUGAAAAGUGCUGCUGAUGAAAUGGCUACGAAAGCUCGAAGCUACAAUGACCAGAUGUGCAACUCCUUCACAUAUAUGACUGCUAUUCUUGAUCCAAGAAUAAAAGUCGAGCUCAUUCCUGAAAGUCUCAAUUCGGAGAAUCACUUGGAGGAAGCCAGAAGCCAUUUUAUAAGAAACUAUUCCACCAGUCAUUUUCCUUCUAUCUCUGGGUCUUAUGCUGCACAUGAGCUCGAAGAUGGAGGAAGUGUUUCUUUUGCAGAGGAAAUUGCUCGUAAGAAACGCAAGGCAAGCAUGUCCUCCGCCACAGAUGAGCUCACCCAAUAUUUAUCAGAACCUCCUGCUCCUAUACAAACAGAUGUCUUGGAAUGGUGGAAGGUAAACAAUGCACGUUACCCACGGUUAUCAUCCAUGGCUCGAGACUUUUUGGCUGCACAACCAACUGCUUUGGCGCCUGAAGACCUUUUCUGCAGCAAAGGUGAUGAGAUAGAUAAGCAAAGGUUCUUAACGCCCUAUGAGAGCACUCAAGCUUUGCAUUGUGUAAAGUCAUGGAUGCAAAGUGGAUUUAAGUUGAAGUAUAAAUCAACUGAAAUUGAUUAUGAGAGGUUAAUGGAACUAGCAGCUGAAAGUUCAAUGGCAGGUUCCGACAAGAAACAAAAAUCAUGAUAGAAUUUUUAUUGAUGAAACUGAAGGUCCAUG